CUGCUGCUGCUGCUACCAGCACUACUGCUACUGCUGCUGCUGCUGCUGCUGCUACUGCUGCUGUGACUGCAGCUCAAUACCUCAGCGCCUGCCCGGGUCCAGGACCCCACCACUAUACUGCUGAGAGAGAGAGAGAGAGGAGCGACCAGCUGGCCCGGCUGCUACUGUUUACCACCUCGACCGCUGCUGCUGUUGUUGUUGUUGUUGUUGUUGUGAGGAGAGGCCUGUGUCCUACGAAGACCCCACUGAUUGAGAGACCAGUCGCACCUGGGACCGCUGAGCCGCCCGUGGGGGGUUAUGGCAGUGCGGGCAGAGCGGGCGCUACGGGCCCCAGGCCUGUGCCCUCUGGCACUGGCUCCGCCGCUGGUGGCGUUGGUGGCAGCACUGCUGGUGUGCCAGGCGGCGCCGGCCCAGAGCGCGUGCCCGCCGGGCUGCAACUGCUUCUUCUCCUGGCUGCACUGCCUGGACGGCCGUGCCGGCCUCAGCAACAUCCCGGCCCUGGUGCUGCAGGAGAGCGAGAACGUCACCGAAAUAGUCAUUGAAAAAGAGCCCGAUCUGAAAAAUAUCACAGAAAUAGAUCUCGCCAACUACAGGGAGCUGAAGAAUCUGACGGUGACAUUUUGUGGGUUGGAAUACAUCUCUGUCAAUGCUUUUCAGCACAACCUCAAGCUCCAGUCUGUGAAUCUGGCUUCAAAUGAGCUCAGGCACAUCAGCUGGAAGGUCUUCCACCAUCUUCCCCUUCUGAAUCUGGCUUUAAGUUACAACCCACUGGAUUGUUCAUGCGACCACCACUGGCUCCAGCAGUGGCUACUGGGUGGACGCAGUGAUCUUGACAGUCAGCCUGUGACCUGUGUGUCCAAUGGGACUUUUAUUCCACUGGAGUCCCUGGUCAUAGAUAACUGCAGUGUUCCCGAAGUGGCCAUCCAUGCGACCAGAACGAAAGUGCAGGAGGGAGGGAACCUGACGUUUGUUUGCGAGGUGAUCGGUGUGCCCACGCCCUCCGUCAGGUGGAACACGGCGCAGCUUCACUCACACUACACCUGGGAGAGGAGACUGUGGGGCUACACACAAGAGCUGGUCCUCCACCUGGUGAACGUGUCUUCUUAUGACAACCUCCAUAACCUCACCUGUGAAGCAGAGAACAGGGCAGGGCCGGGCAAGGCCAUGGUGCCUCUGGAUAUUGAAUUUGCAGUGAGAAUCCUAUUUCUCCGUGACCCCGAGCAGCAGCAUCACUGGUGCAUCCCGUUCGCGGUGGACGGGAACCCGGCGCCCUACAUCCGCUGGCAGUACAACGGCACCGACCUGAACGAGAGCCGGUACACCUACACGCAGCUCAUCCCCGACUCCGAGGACGGCUCCAUCCUGCACGGCUGCCUCUUCCUCAACAAGCCCACCCACCUAAACAACGGCUACUACACCCUGAUCGUGAACAACACCCUGGGAGCGGACAAUGCCACGACCUUGGGGAAGUUUAUGGAUAACCCUUUCAUGGAUAAUCCAGAGGGUAUCAUUGUUGUCCAACCUGAAGAACCAACCCCAACCAACCAAUCACAAGAUCAAGUGACAGAGAACUUGGAGAGCAGAGUUUUGGGGCAGGUAUCUCUAGCGGUCGGACUGGCUGUGUUUACUUGCACUUUCCUCCUGAUCAUGGUGCUGGUCAUUCAGAAGUGUGGCCAACACUCCAAGUUCGGCAUCCACCGUUCAUCGGUUCUAGGGACAGAGGACGACCUUGCGGUAUCUCUGCGUUUCAUGAAUUUUGGGGCCAGCCCCCCUUCUUCAGACGAGGGGACACUGGACUCUGGCCUGUCCAGCUUCGUAGAAAACCCUCAGUAUUUCUGUGGAAUUAUCAAGGAGAAAGAUAUGUGUGUGCAGAACAUAAAACGGCAGGACAUCGUGCUAAAGUGGGAACUCGGCGAGGGAGCAUUUGGAAAGGUCUACUUGGCAGAGUGUGCCAACCUAAGCCCUGACAAUGACAAGAUGUUGGUAGCCAUAAAGACUCUGAAGGAUGCUAACGAAUCAACGCGACAGGACUUCCAGCGAGAGGCCGAACUGUUGACAGUGUUGCAGCACGAGCACAUUGUGCGCUUCUACGGCGUGUGUACCGACGGCGAGCCCCUGGCCAUGGUCUUUGAGUACAUGAGACACGGGGACCUCAACCGCUUCCUUAGGGCCCACGGCCCCGACGCGCGGAUCCUCGAUGAGGUGAAGAUACCCCCGCUGGGCCAACUGACCCUUCCACAGAUGCUCCACAUCGCUGCCCAGAUCGCCUCGGGCAUGGUCUACCUGGCAUCCUUACACUUUGUCCACAGAGACCUGGCCACUAGGAACUGUCUAGUGGGAGAGGGCCUGGUGGUGAAGAUCGGGGACUUUGGGAUGUCAAGAGACAUCUACAGCACAGACUACUACAGAGUUGGCGGGCGCACCAUGCUGCCCAUUCGCUGGAUGCCUCCGGAGAGCAUCAUGUACAGGAAGUUCACCACGGAGAGUGACAUCUGGAGCUUUGGAGUGGUCCUGUGGGAAAUCUUCACCUAUGGAAAACAGCCGUGGUAUCAGCUCUCCAACAGCGAGGCGAUCGAGUGCAUCACCCAGGGCCGCGAGCUGGAGAGGCCGCGCACGUGUCCGAAGGAGGUGCACCAGCUGAUGCAGGGCUGCUGGCAGAGAGAACCCCAGCAGCGGCUGGUCAUCAAGGACAUCUACAGCCGCCUGGUGGCCCUCGUCAAAAACCCCCCUGUCUACCUGGACAUCCUGGAGUAGCGCGCGCUCCAUUGUUGGGAGAUAGAGAUGGGGGAAUAGGGAAUCGGAGGAGUGGGUUUGGAGAAGGAGAGAGAGCUGGACCAGAGGAGAAUGAAAACGGCUGAAGUGGAGCGCAGGAUCUUGUCGUUUGUAUAUCAGCCACCGUCAAAGAAACUCGAGACUGUUGAGUGUGUGUGUGUGUGUGUGUGUGUGUGUGUGUGUGUGUGUGUGUGUGUGUGUGUGUGUGUGUGUGUGUGUGUGUGCGUGUCACAACUCUGGUCGCAAAUAUGCCGUGCUGCUUUGGCUCUGCUGUUCCCAACCUUGUGUAAGCUGCCGGGAAAAGAUCGAGAAAGACCUGUCGGGUUUGUUAUGACAGAGGAUUAGAUAUUUACAUGAAGAACGAUCCAAAAUAUCUACGUGAGUUAGGAGGACAGACUGUCUGGUGAGGACCCACCCAGAGAUCAAUUUCAAAUUGGUUGCCAUCAAUGAUAAAGUCUUUUGUGAAUGUUACUCUUUAAAAGGUAAUCUUUCCCAAUUAAAUUAUUUGAGGAUUUGUAAAAAAAGAAAAAAAAGAAAACAAGUGUCUGACAUGAAAGAAUGAAAAAUUGCCUAACUAUUAUGAUGUAAAUGUCAGUUUCCCCACUGGGGGGGAAUUAUGAAAAUUAUGAGUCAGUGUUUUACAUAUUGUGCCAAGCUGUUUGCACAAACCAAAGUCUUUUUCCCAUUUGCUAUGUUUGUCUUGCAAUUGUGGAUAACCAUACAUUAGUAAUAUGUACAUGUGACCGUUAAGUAAUUGCAUGUAUUGAACAUUUCUUUUGUUUGUUUCAUAAGCUCCCCGCUCUCAAGUUCUUCCUUGGCAUCAGUCACAGUUAGAGACCACUCCCUGUUGUUUUUUAAAAUUGCUUUCAUUAUAUGCUGAAUCAUCUAAACCUCUCCACAAUAGAAAAGGCUGCAGCAAUAACAGAUUGCAGUGAAGCAUCCUGAUUCUGCAAAAGACACACAGACACACAAAAAAAAGGAUCUUCAGUGUACACUCAAGUCCCUUACUGUUCCUGUGCCAUGCCUUGAAUCAUUGUUCUGUUUCUUUGAGCUGCUUUGCACUCCAAAUUCCAAACCUCAAAAUGCACUGUACCUUAUGUUUUGUACCAUUAAGUUUACACUGGUCGUGUGAAUAUUUAUUUAUUUUCUUUUGGAGACACUAGAUACAAUGGCAUAACAAAAACAUAGGAGACUGCCAAUCAAUGCCAAUGCAAAUAAAUAUUCACAUUUUGAAUGUUCAGUAAAGGUUUAGAUUAUAGACUACUCCUGGAAUGAAAAACUAUAUUAUAUUAUAUUUAUAUUUGAUCUAAACAAUGUUUUUACCCUUUGGGAUCGAAAUGAAGAAUAGAUAAGAAUUGGAAUCGAUAGAAGUUGGUAUUGAUAAGCAGAAUUGGAAUCGGAAUCAGCAUCAAUACAAUACAAUACAUGUCAAUACCCAACCCAACCCUACACACGGUGAGAGGAUUUUAUUUCCAGUUGUCAAAAGUGGUGGAGAUAGAUACAUACAUGCGUAAAUGAUGCAUCCAUGAUGCUUAGGCCCUUUCCUGCAGCACAGGGCAGGCGAACUUAGGGAGGAGGACUCUAUUUUCACUAUGGGGACACUGGGGACUGGGCCGCCUCAUAGGGACAGCAGGGGCAUACAUUACAUUACACCCAUGACUAGAUAACCAUGAGUGCUGCAGGCUACUCAAAUGCAUUAUAACAUGCACAAUAUUGCUACACGUUCUUAAAGUAUACAUGUUUUUUUUUCAUUUUUUUUUUAUUUGAUCUAACUUCAUUUGUUAUAUCAGUCUUUCAUUUCUGUCAGUGCAUAGUGUUCUGACGACGCCUGAUGGCCUUGAAGUGAAUAUUCAUCUGAGCAGGUUUCUCACCACAGCAGUUGGCAUUCGCCAGUAUCAUUCGUAAAUACUCAACAAUUGUUUUGUGUGAGGCAACAUGCCGUUAAGGAAACGAGUUGCGAAAUGAACAUUUUGUCAAGGCAACAGUCAAAUAUUGUGUACAUAUGUACAAUUACUUAAAAAUUAAUUUUCUAAAUGUAGCCAAACUCUCAAUACUGUUUACACGUGCGUCUCCUUUUGGGAUCCUUUUGUUUUUGCAUCUUUCUUCCAUUUUGUCUUUUAACCAGCUUGUGAUCCAUUUGUAAUUACUGUAUAAUAGACCCUGUUAUUUGAAUAAAUGUUUCCUCAAGUGAA